AUGUCGUUCGACCUUGAGCGAGCAAGCGAGGAACUCUGGAGAAAUGAAGGUGCUAGGCGUCGCAACAUAGCUCCCAGUCCUUCUUUGUCGUUCAGUCCGUCCAUGUCGUCGGGGAGCAACCCACAGCCAGCUUCGCAGCAGCGUCACCGACUUGCUACGGGGAGCUCAGCAAGCCGAGAGAACCAGAAGGCCACAAACCGCCUGUCAAAGCAGAAGCCAGUCACAUCUGGCUUCCUAAAAGACCGAUUUGCUUCCCAAGAUGACUUCUCUCCGUACGGUACCAGCCGGUACUCUCAUGUUUACCUGGCCGGGUCACAAGGCUGUCUGUUGCUGGACCAGGUCCAACAAGAGCAUAAGACUGCACCACCAACUGAGGCGCGAUCGCUGGGUUCCAAGAGGCCAGAACAUGGUAACCUGGCCAAACGCAGAAAUAAAUCCGAACUCCAAUUAUCAAGUCCUACACUAUCGAGGCGGUCCAAAUCGUCCGUUUCGCUUGUCGGGAAAAGGCAAAACAUAUUCGACUCUGAAUCAGCACUACGUGUUCCAAGGCGCCAGUCCACAGCAGAAGGUACUUUGAGCACCGGUAGUCUUUCUAGCCUGCAGUCAGUGUCAAGACAUAAUACGGAUAAUGGGAGCCGGCAAAAAGAAUUAGGCGAGUCGGGCUUCGUCAAAUUGGACCUUCUGCCGGUAUCGCCUUUGAAUCCUCACUUUCUUGACGAGUACCAAUCCUCUCCUCCCGCCAGUUCGGUCAAACAUGAAGUUCUCGACCCUACUUCCGCGAGCGGCUCAUCUCAGUCUAGGUCCUCAUUUGAACAUCCUGACUCUGUCGUCGGCGAUUCUGGGUCAAGCAUGCCCUGCAUACCGAUGCGUCGACGCUCAUUGAUCCGAACACCGGGCCUCGCAUCGAGGCCACCUCCUAGCGAUAAAGUGCCUGGCUUGCCAAAUAUCUCACAGCCUUCAGCGUCUAUAGCGUCUGUUCUCUCUGGUGCGAGGGUGUCGAAGAAAAGCAGCUCGGAGAACAAGGACAAAGGUGAUUUGGAUCAGCGAAAGACGCAAACGAAUUUGCCAUUGCCGAGUUUACCCAAGAUGAUGGAGCAGGAGCGACCAAUUACACCUUGUGAAUCUGAAUACCAGCAACUCGGCGCCAUCAAAUUUGGGACAUUGCGGAUCACAAACGCUUCGCCGGCACCUAGUUAUUCACUUGACAGUGAUGAAGAAGGAGAACCAGCGAGACCAACCGCUACGAGGGUAACAAACGACGUAAGCCAUCAGAAAGGCAGCCCUCGGCACGGUCCACGUGGUGCAUCUAAUCUGCGCGUUAGCAGCACUGUGCGAUGGGCAACGAUGAACGACGCUGAAAACAAAAUAAAAAACCAGGACGGCCCAAAACGUACGUUUCCUGUCACAUCAAACUCUGAACUGGAUAGAUCUUGGACCUCAGGUGAGAAGUUGCACCCUGAGUCCAUUGAAAACCGCUUCGCGUAUCCAGGGGAUCUAGUCGGAGAGUCUCAGGAUAGCUUACUGGCGGGAUCCUCGUCGCCACACUCUCGCCCUGCACGGGAGCCUUCAUACAGCCACGUCAAAACUGAGGUAGCUCCUCCAUCCGAAGAAUGCGAUACCGAAUAUUCAAGAAACGAGGUCCUUGAUGUCAGAGACGACCCUAGUGCAAAGCCCAUCCGCGAGUGGUCGGAGAGUAAACAAACGAAUCAAGUUAUUCAAAAAGCGCUCUCUAGCUCAGACAGCGGUAUUGCAUCCGCCAACUCUUCCCUCAGCUCAAAGAGAACACUAUCAAAUGCCGACAGUGCUUAUAGCUCCAACGCCUCCAUUGAGUCGAGCCCUUCCGGUUCUGGUGCUGUGGCCGCUGAUAAAAGUGCGCUUAGAGGUGUGUCAACACAAGGCGCUCAAACUCGAAAGCGCCAUACGGAUAAAAAUCCCAAUCAGACUGGAGAUCAGCAGCUCAAGGAUGCUACUCGAGGCUCGUUACUUUCCAUGUCCAGGAGCAGUAUAAGGCGACUAUCCUCCAGAUUCCGACCUCGGCACAGCCGUUCCUUUUCAAGCAUAAGUGAAUCUCAUCCUGUUAUUCAUGAGCAGAACUCAAACGAAGCGGUUCGCGAUAAGGAUACUCCCCGGUCCGAAAAUGCUGAUAUUCGCCGAGAAGAUACUAUCACACCUGGGUCCGGCGGAAACAGUAGCAGUCAAAAGACAGGCAAGCUACAAUGGUUUUCUGUACCUCAUAAAAAGAACAGUUUUACCACCAGUUUCGCCGCACAUGAUAUUCAAACUGUCCCCUUAAUUCCAAUGGACGUGGAAGAACGGCUCAGACAGCACAGUCGAGCAUUUCCAACUACCUCAAUGCGGCUGACCAAGAAGUCAACGCGAAGUGAGGAAUCAUUAAAGACGAUCAUUAGCGUGGAAAGCAAGGAAGAAAGCAUUUACGAUCAAGCUGUCGAUGGCGUUUACGAUGAGAGUGGCUACAAUAACGGUGGCAUCAACGGCCGCAGAAGUCACAAGAGCUUUUCGAACCUGAACAGAACCAAUAGCGUGCAGAAUCUGGGUAGUGCAAGAACUAUCAAAAGUAUCGCAAGUUCCAGUUUUGCUAAAAGCAACACAAAUGUCCAAGGGAUGAAUGUCACUAAGAACUUUCAGAUUGAAGCUUUAUCCUUCAUAUCCCAUGAAGACAAAGAGGGAGAUAGCGAUUCCCAAAGACCAGCUUCCGGAGCUGCCGCAUCAGGAGAGAAGGUAUACACUAUCCGGCGGAAACCAGUACCUUCGCAGCGAGAGCUACCUCCUAAGAACAAAGAGUUGGUAGUCCAGCAAAUUGUAUCCCCCAAUGCCGAACAUGGCACAGAAGGAAUGGCGCAAAAGGACGGUUUGGCUAUGUCGAAGAAUCAGAAUACCCGCACCACCUACGAUGAGAGAGCGCGCUGCACCUUUAAGACCAGCCAGGAUCAGGACCCUUCAAACCUAACAGCAUAUAAAGGCAAGGCUACUGCCUCCGCGCCGAAUUUAUUAGGUUCAUCCGCAUCAACAUCGAGUAUUGUCACCAAAUCUGAGACCGACCUUCAUACACCGGAAGUAGACAAGAAUUUGCCGCCGGAGCCACCACCACGAUCCAUCCUACGCAGCUCUUUUUCAAAAGCAACCCGGCAACAGAGUCGACCUGAGCAGCAGUCCUCCCAGCUCAAUAUGAACAACCAGGAAAGCAUGAAGCGUCAUCCGUUGCAUUCGAACCAUGUACGAAGCCAAAGCACAUCUGCUCUGUCGCAAGGCCAGACAACAACCUCACAAGACGAUUUAGCAGCAUUGUCAACGAUACGCCGGCACUCUACUCUCCUUCAUAGGCCAGCAUUUUCAGAACCUUGGGCUGCGGCUUCUCCUGCGCAGCUACGAGAUGGAUCAAAGCCACCAUACCGAGUUCUUCACAGCUACAAUUCACCAGCAUAUAAAAACACACCAAUUUGGGGAUGA